AUGGUAAAUUUUCAUUCCAUUUUUUUAUAGAAUACUUUGUUCUUUUUGAAACUAAACCAUGGUGUAUAUUGCUUUCUUUAUCCCAAGCUUCUCGAUUUCAUUCAAAUUUCUUAGUAUUUACUCAGACUCCAGAAAUCUAUAGUGCAACAUCCUUAAAUUCUUAUAAAAAUAAAUCAUUUUGAUGACAAUCACACCUUUCAUUAACAAUUAAUCGUUUUUGCUCAGUCUUAUCUCAAGAUGAAAAAUAUUUGA